GGUCGUAUUUCCACAAUGGCGGAAAAAAUUUUAAAUUUCCCAUUCAGUCAAUCCUCAGAUCUGACGAAGAACCCUAAACCCCUGGAAGCAAAGAAUUUCCAGAGGGGGCCAAAUGGGGAUCAAAGAUCUUCUCAGAUUCAUGAAACCCUACAUCGAACCGAUCCACAUCGAGAAAUACGCAGGAAAACGAGUGGGUAUCGAUGCUUAUUCAUGGCUUCACAAGGGAGCAUGGAGCUGUGCCUCAACUCAGAAGGGGACAAAAAACUGCAAUUCUUGAAUUACUUCAUGCACCGAAUCCAGCUGCUCCGUCAUUACAAGGUGACCCCUGUGGUAGUCUUCGAUGGCGGGAGCAUACCUUGUAAGGCCGCUACUGAGGACGAGAGGCAGAGGAGGAGGAAGGCUAAUCGGGAAUUGGCAAUGCAGAAACUCAACGAAGGAGAUGUCAAAGCAGCAUCCGAGCUCUUCCAGAGAGGAGUAAGUAUCACACCUGCUAUUGCUCAUCAGUUGAUUAAGAUUCUUAGAUCGGAGAACAUCGAAUUUGUGGUGGCUCCAUAUGAGGCCGAUGCUCAACUAGCGUAUCUUUCUAGUCUUGAGGUAGAGAAAGGAGGAGUAGUAGCUGUAAUCACAGAGGAUAGUGAUCUGAUGGCAUACGGUUGUAAAGCUAUUAUCUUUAAAAUGGAUCGGUAUGGAAGUGGGGAAGAGAUACUAUUUGAGAAGGUGUUUGAUUCGGCAGAUUGUGUACCAUCAUUUCGAGGUUUCACCGAAGACCUAUUCAUCGGAAUGUGUGUGCUAGCUGGCUGCGAUUUCCUUCCUUCGGUUCCGGGAAUAGGGAUAAAGAAAGCUUAUUCCCUUAUUUCCAAGUACAGAAAUUUAGAUCGUGCUCUAUCGGUUUUGAAGAUUGAGAAGGGAAAUCUGAUGCCCGAAGAUUAUCCCAAAUCUUUCCAUGAGGCAGUAGCUGUUUUCCAACAUGCUCUCAUAUACGACACUACAGCAAAGAAACUCACACACCUGAAGCCUCUUCCCAAAAAGCUCUUGCAGUCCCUUGAAGGAAAUCUAGAUUUUCUGGGGCCUGAAAUCCCUCCAUCGGUAGCUACUGCUAUUGCUACAGGGAAAUUAGACCCGACAAAUAUGGAGGCCUUUGAUCACACCGAAAAACCUGUUGCUGUCCCUGAGUCAUCCCAACAUUGGCAAAAGAAGGCGACUGCUCUAUCUGUACAAAAGAAGUGCUUUCGUGUCUUCUCGUCCAAGGAAACCAGCGUAUCAGAUAAUCCCAUAUUGCAGCAAACCCCAGCACAAUAUGAAGCGAAAUGUCUGAAGGAAGCCGCCACAUUCGAGAAACUGGUACUGCCUUCAGAAACAAGCCAAGACGCAGAAGGUUCAGGGGCUGUGGUCAGCAUUUCCUUAAAAGUUCCCGACAACAACCCCUUCAGAAUUGAAAAAGCUAAGAAAAAAAAGUGCUCAGACCUGAGAAUGAACAUCACCGAAGACGCAUCUGUUCUGACUUAUGUCGAGAAAUCGGAGAUUGUAUCCGUGAGAGCUGACAUACUUCCUGAAGCUGCUACUGAAGAUAAACAAUGCACUGAAGGGCUACACAAUGUGAUUGAGUUGGAUCGGGAGUCGGAAGUUACUGAUGUGGAAGUUACAGAUGUGGGAGAUCAAGAGCGCGCGCUAAUGGGCAGUUCAGAGUCCCAGGAGAGUGUGAAUUCAAGGCCAAAGAGGAUAGCAACUAACAGCAAGCAAGAUAAAGGUGGAAAUAAACCAAAGAGAAAGAAAAUCAAGAGCUCUGUAAGCAAUAACAGCAGCAUCUUGAACUUCUUUACUCGGGUCUAGUACUCUGCCUCUGAAUCUCCAACCAGAUCUUUGUAUGUGCGAUAUGGAGUUGAUUUUGUUCGGUCAAGGCAAGCUUAAAUGGAUCAAAAAGGCAUUCAGAACUUCGCCACUCAUCGCCAGCCUAACAUCACAAAUGCUCGGUACAUCUGUUUAGGUGAAAACCUU